AUGGAUCUUUUAUGGAAGGUCAAGAAUACUUUGAAGGAAUAUAAAACUAUUGGUGAAUUGAAGACAGGUGUACUCACUGGAUCUUAUACUGACAAUAAUCCUGAUUUUUCAAGAUGUUUCUUAUGGAAAGCAGUGUUCUUACUACAAACCCUUGAAAUACCAGAAUGGGAAAAGAAUUUAGAUGCUUCUAGAUCAACUUAUCUGUUUCUUUCUAAGCAAUAUCGACCUCCUUUUUCUUUAUUAGAUUCGCAGAGUCCAUAUUUUGAGAAACCAAGGAUGGAAGCUAUCGAACAGAAACCCCAAUCUAGCCCUCCACGAACGGUUAAUCCAAACAAGAAAAGCAAUUUACUCAAGAGAUCACUGUUAGAUAAAUCUGCUUCUUCUUUGUCUACGGCGGAAUCCCCUUUGUCUGUACCUUCGGGGUCGAAUACUUCGUUGAGAACUAGCAGUAUCUCGUCAGCCGUCACACCAUUGAAUGGAGAGUCUUCAACUACUGAUAGUGAUGUGAAUGAAUUAAAUGCCAUUAUCAUAGAUAUUGAAAGAACAUUUCCAGGUCAUCCUUUAUUCAGAGAUCCUGAAAUUAAAAAGGGGAUUGUUCGUGUUUUAUUUGUCUGGUACAAAUUGAACCAAGAUGUGGGAUACCGUCAAGGGAUGCACGAAAUCAUCAGUACAAUCUUCAUGGUUGUACACGCUGAAAGCUUUGCGAAACCAUUGAACGGAUUUUCCGAUGAUAAUGAUAGUCAAAUAUUUGAAAUAUUUAACCAAAAUGAGAUAUAUGCCGACGUUUUCCAUAUGUUUACUAUUUUCAUGAUAAAUCCUCAGGCAUCCUUUUAUUCAGAGGCAAACUUAUUGGAUAAUUGCGCAAAAUUUGAUCAAUUACUCCAUGAUUUUGAUUAUGAUUUAUAUUAUUAUUUGAACAGAAAAUUGAAAUUAGAAUCUCAGAUAUGGUUGAUCAGAUGGCUAAGAUUGAUGUUAAUAAGAGAGUUGACCCUCUCGACAGUGCUACCCAUCUGGGACAAGUUGAUCAGUUUUCAAAAAAUUAAAAAUUUUAGUAACUUGACCAGCAAUAGUGAUUUUAAUACCAUAGUAUCAAUCAUAGUGUUAUUGCUCUUAUUAAACAUUAAGAAAGAAUUGUUACUUGGUUGCCAGGACUACGGAGAUGUGUUGAAAUUAUUAUUAAAUUAUCCUGUUGCCAAAGUCUUCAAGAAUAAAUCACUUACAAAAGAUUUUGACGAUGACUUCAAUUUGGCGGAGGUUGAAAUCGAUGACCACGUCAUGGAAUUUAUCAAUAGCCUCUUCAAUGAAGCUGUCUUGGUUUUCAAUUCAAGAAGAAACUUGAAAGCCAUUGGCAAAUUUUUGAAUGAGAAAUACAAUGCGGAAUUCAUCAAUCUUUACCAAGAGCGGAAAGGCCCUGCUGAAACAACAUUUAUUGAGGACGAUGAAGUUUUGGAUAAACUUAGAUUUCAGAAUCGUUUAACAGAAAGAGUAAGAAAUGCAUUGAAUAAUAAAAAAUGA